UCCCAUUUUCCCAAAAAGCUUUGGGAGACUGGGGCGGAGACACGGCGGUGGUGACGGCGGAGUACUGGUUGAUCUGAGCUAGGCAUAACCUUUAGCAGAUCAGAUCAUCCAAAAAUGGAUCAUCAUCAUCAUCCCACCAUUUCCUCCGACGGCGCCACCACCGGCCCCAUCACCGUCGUGGCUGUUGAUAAAGACAAGAACAGCGCCUCCGCCGUGAAAUGGACGGUUGAUAAUCUCCUCAUCAGCAAUCCCUUUGUUAUCCUUCUCCACGUCCGCCACAAAGCCUCACCAAAUCAUCAGAAUGGUGGUCCAGAUGCACAUGGUGGGAUGAGUGAUCAUGAUGGGCAUUGCGUUUUCACACCAUUUCGCGCUUACUCUGCGCGCAGAGGAAUCAUAAUGAAGGAGGAUUUUAUUGAGGAUACUGAAGUGGCCAAGGCAAUUGUAGGGUACAUCAACACGCACCGCGUUUCCAACGUUGUUCUUGGUGCAUCAUCGCGAAGUGCGAUAUCCAGGAAAUUUUGGACUCAUGAUGUGCCAACUAUUGUGAACAAGACUGCCCCGGACUUCUGCUCGGUUUAUGUAAUCUCGAAAGGAAAGCAGCAAUCCAUCCGCCCAGCAGCGAGGCCUCUGACCAAUCUCCCAACUCACAUAUGGUCUCAUCAUGGCUCAUCAUCGCGUGCUUCUUCUAGGGGCAGUAGUGCUGCAUCAUCAUCAGCAGGAGAUGAUAGGAUAUCCGCCUGUUCUUCCAGGGGAGAGCACAGCGGGAGACCUUUUAGAAGAAGCGAGGACCGAGACGCUGAUGGCUCUGUCAGAAGGCCGUGGAAUUCAUCCUGCCGCAAUUCCCUCGCUGAGGACAACGACCUCUUUGCACCCAUCAGUGAUGGGUUUGAUAACGCCGCUGCAGCUCAAAACUUAGACUUCACAAGAAUAUCUGAUGCUGGGAGUGAUGCAUCCUCAAUAGCUUCUAAAGAUUUGGAGUCUGAGAUGAAAAGACUAAAAUUAGAGCUGAAGCAAACCAUGGAUAUGUAUAACAAUGCUUGCAAAGAAGCCAUCACAGCCAAGAAAAGCGCAAAAGAGCUUCAGCAGAUGAAGAUCGAAGAAUCUCAGAGGUUUGAGCAAGCUCGGCAAGCUGAGGAGGCUGCUUUGAGAAUGGUUGAGAUGGAGAAGGCUAAAUGCAAAGCUGCCAUGGAAGCAGCCGAGAAAGCGCAAAAGAUAGCGGAGAUGGAGGCACAAAGAACAAAGUAUGCAGAGAUGAAGGCGAAGAAAGAGACGGCAGAAAAGAAUCGAGCAUUAAGCGUGCUAUCCAAAAGUGAUUGUCGGUACAGGAAGUAUAGCAUAGAUGAGAUUGAAUUUGCCACAGAAAAGUUUUCAAAAUCAAUGAAGAUUGGCGAAGGCGGAUAUGGACCUGUUUAUCGAGGCAAACUCGACCACACCCCCGUUGCCAUCAAAGUUCUAAGGCCUGAUGCUGCCCAAGGAAGAAAACAAUUCCAACAAGAGGUUGAGGUACUAAGUCUGAUGAGACAUCCAAACAUGGUUCUUCUGUUGGGUGCAUGUCCCGAGUAUGGAUGCUUAGUAUAUGAAUACAUGGAAAAUGGAAGCUUGGAAGACCGUCUGUUAAGAAAGGGUAAUACCCCGGCAAUCCCAUGGGAAAUUAGGUUCAAAAUUUCAGCAGAGAUUGCAACAGCGCUUCUAUUUCUUCAUCAAUCAAAGCCGGAGCCUCUCGUGCACCGGGACCUUAAGCCAGCGAACAUCCUUUUGGACCGCAAUUUCGUGAGCAAAAUCAGUGAUGUCGGGUUGGCACGACUAGUCCCACCAUCCGUAGCUGAUGAUGUGACACAAUAUCACAUGACUUCAGCUGCGGGGACGUUUUGUUACAUAGACCCCGAGUAUCAGCAGACUGGAAAGCUAGGGACUAAGUCAGACAUAUAUUCACUUGGAGUGAUGUUGCUCCAGAUUAUCACAGCAAAGCCCCCUAUGGGAUUAACCCACCAUGUUGAGAGGGCAAUUGAGAAAGGCACAUUUGCAGAUUUGUUAGACCCAACAAUCUCAGACUGGCCUGUAGAAGAGGCUCUUCACUUUGCCAAAUUGUCACUCCAGUGUGCUGAGCUCCGCAAGAAAGACAGACCCGAUCUUGGUUCAGUCAUAUUACCAGAGCUCAACCGGUUGAAAGAACUCGCGCUCCAAAGCUUGGCAAGUAAAAAUGGUACCCAAACGUUUGGACGACAUUAUUGUUGAAUCAAGUCGAUCUUCUUCUUCAAUCAUCCUAAAUCUCCAUCCCGGAUUACUUUACAGAGGUGUGAAGCUACUUAAGGCUCUGCAAUGAAGUGGCCUGAGAAGCGAUAACCUUAGGCCGGCCACAAGGAUGUGGAUAAGGAAACCCGGGGGAGAAAAGAACAAGUUUUUGGCAUGAGUUAUUGAUUGAUGUAUCCUUAUAACUGAUGAGAAAUCAGUUGUUGUGUAAGACUUGUUGACACGAUCAAUCUGAAUUUACUUGUUCUCGAUCAAUAAACAUGUUCAAAUGGUUUACACCCGAAGAUAUAUAAACACACACACACACAUUAUUUGAUGAAAUGAUGCUU